UCCCCGGGGAAACUGGGAGGAGGGAGCGCGCACCAGCAUGUGUGUAUCAUCAGAAGCGCGGCGCUGAAGGCUGGACGGACACGCGCUUCUCUUCUCCUCAGUCCGCCGAGCGCUCAGCAUCCUUUUCCCGUAUGGAGAGCGACUCCACAUCUUACAAGCUCUCAAAUAAAGCUACAAUUCACGUGGAGCUAAAUCUCAACAAAACCACACGAUUCUGGAGCUCGUCCACGCGAAGGAGCGGAAAGGAAUACAUUAUGCGUUUCAAACAAGGAAUCUCAUUCUCUCCGAUGGGAAGUGACGAGUGUGACUGAUUGAACAUAAUAACGAUGGCAGACAAGUGGUCCAUUCCCAACAGGAACCUGAGCUCACCCUGCAAAUUUCCACUUUCCCUGCUUCUAUUCCCCUAAGGAUACGCUGACCUUCACAUUUGCAGCCUGCAUGACAACCCAAAGCUGAGUAAAUUGAAAGGUUGCAACUCUCUGCCAAGGACGAUAACAGACAAAAUCGCUGCUUUGGGGAACUUGCCAUCAGCAGAAAUACACCCAUGUUGUCAUAACAAAUGAUUCUGUGUUAGUGAAUUUAACGCCUGGAACGCCAGACCCCAUAAGGACCAAUUACAAGCUGAAGAGAGCAGGACCAAGAUGAAAGAUUUGCUGUUUGCAGUUUGUUUGCUGGCAGGACUCGCACUGACGAACUCAGUUCAGGCCUCUAAGUGGAGUGUUGUGUGCCUCAAGCUGUGCAAAUGUGAAAUCCGACCCUGGUUCUCUCCCUUGUCCAUGUAUAAUGAGGCUCCGACUGUGGACUGUAAUGAUCUAGGACUUUUGACUCUGCCGGAGAGGUUGCCUUCAGACACACAAGUACUUCUAUCACAAGCAAACAGCAUUGCAAAGAUUGACAGUCCCUUGGACUACCUGGUAAACCUAACUGAGGUAGACCUAUCUCGAAAUAACAUAUCCUCACUGAGUGAUAUAUAUAUAGGUCACAUUCCACAACUUUUGUCUUUGCACCUAGAAGAGAACUGGCUAAGCAGCCUUCAUGAUAAUUUCCUUGCACACUUUCCAAACUUGCAAGAGCUCUAUGUUAACCAUAACCUACUCUCCUUGAUCAGUGCAGAGGCUUUCCAAGGGCUUAAUAAGCUUUUGAGGCUUCAUCUUAAUUCCAACCAGCUAAGAGCCAUAAGAUCAGAGUGGUUCCAGGAUCUUUCCCAGCUAGAAAUCUUGAUGAUAGGAGAGAAUCCAAUUGCCAGAAUACAAAACAUGAAUUUCAAGCCCCUUAUCAAUCUCCGCAGUCUUGUGCUAACCAGAAUGAACCUCACUGAAAUCCCUGACAGUGCCCUGGUUGGCCUUGAUAAGCUAGAAAGCGUGUCAUUCUAUGAUAAUAUGUUCCCAAAAGUACCUCAAGCUGCUCUCAGACAAGUGCGGAACCUCAAAUUUCUGGACCUUAACAAGAAUCCCAUCGAGAGGAUCCAAAGGGGUGACUUUGUCGACAUGAUCCAUUUGAAAGAACUUGGUAUUAACAGCAUGCCAGAGUUAGUUUCAAUCGACAGCUUCGCCUUGCAUAACCUACCAGAGCUUACCAAAAUCGAAGCCACAAACAACCCCCGACUUUCCUAUAUUCACCCAAAUGCUUUUUCUCAACUCCCAAGACUGGAGUCCUUGAUGCUGAAUAGCAAUGCCCUUAGGGCCCUUCAUCACAUAACAGUGGAAUCCUUGCCUAACCUUCAAGAGGUGAGCAUCCACUCCAACCCCAUUUACUGUGACUGUGUCAUUCGCUGGAUCAAUAUGAACAAUACCAGGGUCCGCUUCAUGGAACUGGAUGCCCUUUUAUGCGCAGGGCCUUCAGAGUUUGAAGGUCGUCUUGUCAAGCAGGUGCAUUCACGAGAAAUGGCAGAUAUCUGCCUGCCACUAAUAUCUCCAGAGAGCCUUCCUGAUCAGGUAAAUGUGGGAACUGGUCAUUUGGUGUCUCUCCACUGCAGGGCAUUUGCCGACCCUGAACCGGAGAUUUAUUGGGUCACACCUUCAGGCGAGAAGAUCUUGCCUCAGAUGGACUCCAAGAAGUAUCACCUGCAUCCCGAGGGAACGUUUGACAUUUAUGGUAUUACAGAGAACGAAGCCGGACAGUACACUUGCGUGGCUCACAAUCUCAUAGGUGUGGACAUGAGAUCUGUCUUGGUCAUUGUAAAUGGCUAUUAUCCACUACUGGUAAAUGAAUCUCUACACAUCCAAGUCGAAAACACAGAGCCAAAUUCGGUGAGCAUAUCUUGGGUGCCACCCAAGGGAAGUCUUGUUUCGAAUAUUAAGUGGUCAACCAAUUCUCAGCACCACUCCUUGCAGUUCACUUCCCAUGUGGUGUCUAAUGUAAAAAAGUUCAACCUCACAAACUUACACUCACUGACGCAGUACGAGGUGUGUGUGGAGAUUACAGACAUGCAAAGUAGACAUUUGAAAAACUGCAUUAAUGUCACCACCACUGAGGUUUCCAAAAGAAAAAAUGAUGAUGUCAUCAACGACGGAUUGAUAAUCAGCCUCACUGCUGUGCUUCUGAUUAUGUCUGCAGUGGCCUGUUCGUUCAUUUGCAUGUUGCGGAGGAAUGAUCCCCUUUACAGGAAAUUACGAAAUCAGCAGUCUGAAAUAUUACCAUCACACAUUAAACCAAACUGGCGCUCAAGGGCUAAAGCCAAUGAUUCAGAAACAGACUUGACCAAAAACUCUAUUUGAGAGAUGAGCAGCAGUUUGGGAAACCAUAGACACUAGACUGUGUCUAAUAUCUCUCAAUCUGAUAGGACUCUCACUGCUGGAUCAUGAUCAAAUGGAUUCCGUGUGGGGUUUGUGGUGCAAGACAUUUCUUGCUAAAUCUGACAUUGAUUGCCCAAAAGCCACUAAUUGUUUAAAUGUCACUCUACACUGGGGAGCAUGAUGAGAAACGCUAUUUCAGGAUCAAAGAACUGCACAUGAAAGGUUGGGCUUGACUGUUUACACAGAGUGCAAAGCCUCAGUGGCCGAGUGUUUUUAACGUGGGCUUCUAGCAACACUACUUGUGGUGUAUCAUUGGUAAAAUAAACAAUGUCAAGUUUAUGAUGGACUACGCUUUGUAGAAUAGGUCAUAACAGAUAACACAUGUACAAGACUUUGUGAUAAAAAUACGUUUAUAUGGAAAAUGAUGACUGGAUGUGUUUUACUCUACAGUUUGUUCAUCUGGCUAAUUAUACUGUCAGUUGAGAAGGCAUACUGUAACCUUAUUAAAACAGCCUAAAGUCUGUGUGAGAUUAAAAUGUACAAUGUUUA